UAAUCCACAUCUAGGGCAAGCUGGCGGAGAGGCGAUCACAGCUCAGCUCCUCUGCAGGCUGGGAAAGAGGCGGCACUACCACCCUUUUCAACGCAGGAGGAGAACAAACCUGACAUUUUUGAGCCAGGCGGAAGAUAAGAAUUGAAGAGCAAAGAUUUUCCAUCGGAGGACACCGUUGAUUUAUACAUAUUGUUUGUAUAUCUAUAUAUAUUUGUACACACGCUUAUAGAUAUUUAUAUAUAUAUAUAGAUAUAUAUAUAUAGAUACAAGUAUCCUUGUACAUAUCUGUAUUUGUGCUCGUCUGUUUAUAUUCAUAUUUUUAUAUGUAUGUGUGUGUGUAAAUAUAUAUAAUAUAUAAGCAAGACAUAUAUAUAUAUAUAUAUAUAUGUAUGUGUAAAUAUAUAUAUAAAUAUAUAUAUAUGAAUUUCUAUGCGCAUCACUGUGAAGCAAGAGGAUUCUCAUCUCAUCGGGGCUGGUCUCUGAUUGUGCGAUCAUAUAUUUUGAAUAUUUGAUCUUCUACGUCAAGAGGACAAAGACGACGUGCCCAUUUUGUAUUUUUGUUUUCCUGUUGCUGCAUCCCGUCUCCCCGUCCCCGUCUCCCCCUCUCCGUGUUUUUCCUGCCAGAAGACUUGAAUCAGAGAGCAGGAUUUGACACAAAAAGAAAAAGGAGGGGGGGGAAAAUCGCUUGAAAUUCUUGCGAUCAGCGUCGUCGUUCCCGCCGGCAUCCGCGCCGUGUGACAUCCGAGGAGGAGACCGCCAGUGCCACGCCGCCCAGCGCCAGCCCCGUCCAGCAUGCACAAGCACCACCACUGCUGCAAGUGCCCAGAAUGUUAUGAGGUCACCCGCAUGGCGGCCCUGCGCAGGAUGGACGCGCCGUCCUACGGAGGGGACUGGCAGGCCGAGCCCUACGGAUACCCGCCCGGGUACGGAGGGGGCCAGACCUUGCCCGCUCCGGCCUCGGGGGGAGGAGGCAACAUGGGAGGAGGAGGAGGAGGUGGAGGCGGCGGCGGAGGAGGAGGGGGCACCUUAGGCAGAAGUAAGGGCAAGAUGAUGUCUGGCGGGGGUUCCGGAGGCCCCAACCCGAAGGGCCAGUCUAAGGGGGGGCCCAAAGUGAACGGCAACAACUCCGGCGGCCAAGGAGGAUGGUGGCCCGAGUGCACCUGCACCAAUCGGGAGUGGUAUGACCAGGCCAACCCUCCCCCCAUCAUUGUCAAGGCAGACUCACUAGAUGCAGGCCCUUACGUGAAUGGCAGUGAUGGGAUGUACAAGUAUGAGGAGAUCAUCCUGGAGAGGGGGAACUCCGGCCUGGGCUUCAGCAUUGCAGGAGGCAUAGAUAACCCCCACAUUCCUGACGAUCCGGGGAUCUUCAUCACCAAGAUCAUCCCUGGAGGAGCGGCUGCCAUGGAUGGAAGGCUGGGGGUGAACGACUGCGUCCUGCGCGUGAACGACGUGGACGUGUCCGAGGUGGUCCACAGCAGGGCGGUGGAGGCCCUGAAGGAGGCGGGGCCCGUGGUGCGCCUGCUGGUGAGGCGGAGGCAGGCCCCACCUGAGACCAUCCUGGAGGUCAACCUGCUCAAAGGGCCCAAAGGACUGGGGUUCAGCAUCGCGGGAGGGAUCGGCAAUCAGCACAUCCCAGGAGACAACAGCAUCUACAUCACCAAGAUCAUCGAAGGAGGGGCCGCCCAGAAAGACGGACGGCUGCAGACCGGAGACCGCCUGCUAGCUGUGAACAACAUCGUGCUUCAGGACGUGCGUCACGAGGAGGCGGUGGCGGCGCUCAAGAACACCUCCGACAUGGUCUACCUCAAGGUGGCCAAGCCGGGGCCCGUGCAUCUCAAUGACAUGUACGCCCCGCCCGACUAUUCCAGCAGCCUGGCCCUCCCUCCAGCCUUCCCCACCAUGGUGGACAACCACGUCAGCCACAACUACAUGGGCGCCAUGGAACCCAAGCCGGCGUACCCGCCUCCCCAGGUCACCCCGUCCAGGUAUUCGCCGGUGCCCCGCCACAUGCUGGGGGAGGAAGACUUCACAAGGGAGCCGAGGAAGGUGUUGCUGCACAAGGGCUCCACGGGGCUGGGCUUCAACAUCGUGGGCGGAGAGGACGGCGAGGGCAUCUUCGUCUCCUUCAUCCUGGCUGGAGGGCCGGCUGACCUGAGCGGCGAGCUUCGGAGAGGAGACCGGAUUUUGUCUGUGAAUGGCGUCAAUCUAAGGAAUGCGACGCAUGAGCAAGCGGCUGCGGCGCUGAAGAGAGCUGGACAGACCGUCACCAUCAUUGCUCAGUACAGGCCUGAAGAGUACAGCCGCUUUGAGUCCAAGAUCCACGACCUGAGGGAGCAGAUGAUGAACAGCAGCAUGAGUUCGGGGUCCGGCUCCCUGCGCACCAGCGAGAAACGUUCCCUCUAUGUCAGAGCUUUGUUCGACUAUGACCGGACGAGGGACAGCUGCCUGCCCAGCCAAGGGCUCAGCUUCUCGUACGGCGACAUCCUCCACGUCAUCAACGCGUCGGACGACGAGUGGUGGCAGGCGAGGCUGGUGACGCCUCACGGGGAGAGCGAGCAGAUUGGGGUCAUUCCCAGCAAGAAAAGGGUGGAGAAAAAAGAGCGGGCCAGGUUAAAAACAGUCAAGUUCCACGCCCGGACAGGCAUGAUUGAGUCCAACAGGCAGCCUGUCAAAGUAAAGCGCAAAAAAAGCUUCAACCUGUCGCGAAAGUUCCCGUUUUACAAGAGCAAGGAGAAUAUUGUGCAGGACUUGGUGGAGUCUGAACAAUGUCUGACCUCCAACACGAGCGACAGUGAAAGCAGCUCCAAGGGACAGGAAGACACCAUCCUCUCCUACGAGCCCGUCAUUCGACAGGAAAUCCACUACACCAGACCCGUGAUCAUUCUGGGCCCCAUGAAGGACCGAGUCAACGAUGACCUCAUCUCCGAGUUCCCCCACAAGUUUGGCUCCUGCGUACCUCACACGACUCGUCCCAGGCGAGAGAACGAGAUGGACGGUCAGGACUACCACUUCGUGGGCUCCAGGGAGCAGAUGGAGAAGGACAUCCAGGACAACAAGUUCAUCGAGGCGGGACAGUUCAACGAGAACCUGUACGGGACCAGCAUCCUGUCCGUCAGGACCGUGGCCGAGAGGGGGAAGCACUGCAUCCUGGACGUGUCGGGCAACGCCAUCAAGCGACUGCAGCAAGCACAACUCUACCCCAUCGCCAUCUUUAUCAAACCAAAAUCCAUCGAAGCCCUCAUGGAAAUGAACAAGAGGCAGACGUACGAGCAGGCCAACAAGGUCUUUGACAAGGCCGUCAAGCUGGAGCAGGACUUUGGGGAGUUUUUCACAGCUAUCGUACAGGGUGACUCGCUAGAGGAGAUCUACAACAAAAUCAAGCUCAUCAUCGAGGAGCAGUCCGGUCCAUACAUCUGGAUCCCCUCCCCAGAGAAGCUCUGAGCUGCCCAUCAUCGGUGCAAAAGUUCCCCACCCGCCUCCCGGAGAAUACCCCCCCACCCCAACCCACCCCCCCCAUAUUCACCUCUUUUUACAGCUACGUUUCAUAUAAAGUUUUAGUGUCAUCAUUAUGUUACUCUCUAAACGAAAGAAGUCUUAUCGCCAUCAAUUACUGUGACUGUGCACACCCCCCCACCCCACCCACCCCCCCCUGCAUGAGUUUACUCAAACCCAUUGAAGACUGGAAAUGGCGUUCUGGAGGAGGAGAAGAAGAAUGAAGCGCUAAAGGAAUAAAAGGAACGGCCUCCUCUUGGUGAUCUGGGACUGACUGGAGAUCACAACGUUUCCACACAAACCAGGACGUUUAGAGACGUGGGGGGGGGGGGGGGGGGACAGAGACAAAUCACACGGAGUUGGAACACUUUGUAAAUGUUCAUCCAAUCACAUUUAAAAGACAGAUGAUUUUUUUUUUUUUUUCUUUUUCCAAAAGUGACUGGAUGAAAUAAAACGGAGCCCUGCUGACGGUC